CAUAGACCCAAACAAGCAGUCCAUUGCCAGAAAGGCGUUGUUCAUCAAUCAUAACUUCUUUCAGUCACGCCUCGGAGAUGGACAACACGAUGAUCCUGAGAGAGUGGUUCGAUCGAGUUGACUCGGAGAGAACCGGAAGCAUCACCGCCGCUCAGCUCCAGAAUGCUCUUGCCGUUGGUAACCUCAAUUUCUCAAUCUCCGUGGUCCAGCAGAUGAUCAGGAUGUACGAUUUCGACAGAAACGGCACCAUGAGCUUUGAUGAAUUUGUUGCGCUAAACAAGUUCCUUCUUAAGGUUCAACAAGCAUUUGCAGACUUAGAGAGGGGCCGCAAUUAUCUUCUUCCUGAUGAUGUACAUGAGGCAUUAGUCAAAAUUGGUUUCUCAUUGGACUCUCCUGCAUUUUACACUGUCUGUGAGAGCUUUGAUCAGAAGAAAAAUGGAAGAUUUCGGCUUGAUGACUUCAUCUCUCUUUGUAUAUUUUUGCAGUCUGCUCGAAAUUUGUUUAAUUCGUUUGAUACUGCGAAGCAGGGCAGGGUGACUCUUGAUCUUAACCAAUUUGUAUACUGCACUGCCAAUUGUAGAAUAUGAAAUCAAGUUUCUAAUACCAGGUGUUCAGGAGAACAUUUGUAAAAUGCCUCUACAUUCAUAAGUUAUAUAUUUUGCCAUGUUGUAUACUGUGAUAUUUUUCAUUCCAAUACAAUCAUAUAUACAGUUGACUCCACAAAAACCUUAUUUAUUUAGAUCAUUAUGUGUUACUAUCCUUCUUACCCUCUCUUUGUUUAUUCA